ACUUGGGCUAAGAUGGCGGCCCCCCGGCUGGGCUUUGGCGCAAUGGUUGGCGCUGUGGUUGGUGCUGCGGGGUUGCGCAGGCGAUUCUGUUGUAUGAUGACUCCAUACAUCAUGAAGAAACAGCCUCUGCAUCAGUUUGCACAAAGAGCACUUUUCCCACUACCCCCAACCUUAUGUAACACAGUGAGACACAUGUUUAUUCAAACACAAGAUACCCCAAAUCCCAACAGUUUAAAGUUUAUUCCAGGAAAACCAGUUCUUGAGACAAGGACCAUGGAUUUCCCUACACCAGCUGCAGCAUUUCGCUCUCCUCUGGCAAGGCAGUUAUUUAGGAUCGAAGGAGUGAAAAGUGUCUUCUUUGGGCCAGAUUUUAUCACUGUCACAAAGGAAAAUGAAGAGUUAGACUGGAAUUUAUUGAAACCAGAUAUUUAUGCAACAAUCAUGGAUUUCUUUGCAUCUGGAUUACCCUUAGUUACUGAGGAAACAUCUUCAGGAGAAGCAGGAUCUGAAGAAGAUGAUGAAGUUGUGGCAAUGAUUAAAGAAUUGUUAGAUACUAGAAUACGGCCAACUGUGCAGGAAGACGGGGGAGAUGUAAUCUAUAAGGGCUUUGAAGAUGGCAUCGUACAACUGAAACUCCAAGGUUCUUGUACCAGCUGCCCUAGUUCAAUCAUUACUCUGAAAAACGGAAUUCAGAACAUGUUGCAGUUUUAUAUUCCAGAAGUAGAAGGUGUAGAACAGGUUAUGGAAGAUGAAUCAAAUGAAAAAGAAGGAAACUCACCUUAAAAUAAUUUGAAUUUUUUUUGGGGGGGGGCUCAGCAUUUGGACUUGUUGAUACUAUAUACCAAGCUUUUAUUAUUAAUCUGCUAAGGAACUUGCAGAUUAAUAAAAUAAGCCUUUCUUUAGAGAAUGAUUUAUAAAUAUUACAUGUUUGCUUUACCUCAUAUGAGUUAUUUAUAAUAUCCUGAAUCAUCUUCUCUACAUGUGCAUUUUAUCCAGGGAUAUUUUUAUUUUUAGUCUUCAUUUCUCAUUGUUAAUUCUUUGCAUAAUGUGUAAAGCAGUUUAAAAUACAUUUUUCCUUAUCUAAUUUAUUUACUUUUUAAAUGCAGAAAUAAAUAGAGAAUGGUUUUUAAAAA